UCAUCCCGGCUCAGGUAAGAGGGCUCGGGAUUGGGAGGUGGCACAUCCAGGGGGGACGCUGAGGGAGCAGGACGGAGCCAUGGACGCCGCCAGGAAAGCAGGUGCCCGGGCAGCCGUGUGGACGGCAGGCUGCUUGCUGCUGCUCCUCCGAGGCGCGCAGGCCCUGGAGUGCUACAGCUGCGUGCAGCGGGCGGACGACGGCUGCGCCCCGCACAGGAUGAAGACCGUGACGUGCGCGCCGGGCGUGGACGUCUGCACCGAGGCCGUGGGCGCCGUGGAGACCAUCCACGGGCAAUUCUCGGUGGCGGUGCGGGGCUGCGGUUCGGGACUCCCCGGCAAAAACGACCGCGGCUUGGACCUGCACGGGCUGCUGGCCUUCAUCCAGCUGCAUCAGUGCGCUCAGGACCGCUGCAACACCAAGCUCAACCUCACCUCGCGGGCGCUCGACCCGGCAGGCAAUGAGAGCGCGUACGAGCCCAACGGCGUCCAGUGCUACAGCUGCGUGGGGCUGAGCCGCGAGGCGUGCCAGGGCUCGGCGCCACCCGUCGUGAGCUGCUACAAUGCCAGCAAUCGCGUCUUCAAGGGCUGUUUCGAUGGCAACGUCACCUUGACGGCAGCUAAUGUGACCGUGUCCCUGCCCGUGCGGGGCUGUGUCCAGGACGAAUCCUGCACCCGGGAUGCAGCCACAGGCCCUGGGUUCAUUCUGAGUGGCUCCUGCUGCCAGGGCUCCCGCUGUAACUCUGACCUCCGCAACAAGACCUACUUCUCCCCUCGCAUCCCACCUCUUGUCCUGCUGCCCCCUCCCACGACGGCCGCCCCGACCACUGGGGCCAACACCAGCUCCGCCCCUUCCACCCCAGCCUCUACUGCUCGCACCUCUGCCACCAAGCCCACCCCGGCGCCCACCACCAGCCAGACCCCUCGUACGGAAGCAGAGCUUGCCACGUUCAGCAGAGAGGAGAGCAGGUUGGCUGGCGGUGCCGCUGGCCACCAGGACCGCAGUAACAUGGAGCAGUACCCUGCCAAAGGGGGGACCCAGUACCCCUCCAACAAAGGCAUGGGUGCCCCCACUGCCGGGCUGGUAGCCCUAAUGUGGGUUGCGGCUGUUGGAGCUCUAUUGUGAGUUGCCCCAUCUGGGAAGUUCUCUCUUGCCCUAUUUCCCUGGCUUCAGGCAUGCGCCUUGGACUGGGCUAGCCCAGGGUCCCUCAGCUUCUGCUGCACUGGUUUGUGGCUUUGGGAAGUCACCAUUGUGUGUGUGUGUCCUGCCCCCCUGCUGGGUGUCCCAGCUUUGGGAGGUAGCAAAAAG